AGCUCCCAGUGUCCCUUGAGGAGGUGAUGUCAACUUCUCUAAGGAGGAAUUAGCUCUGCCGGAUCCAAGGUAGAGGGCUCUCUCUUUCCAAGGAAGACAUGAUGGAGGAUUAGAGGCACGCGGCCUCUGUUGUUGAGGAUGUGCGGGAGAAAACAAAUGGAAAGAGCCCAUCAAGUAUCUGAGGAAAGUGAUAAGUGGCCAGACAUGGAAGAUAGUGUUGGGGAUCAAGAUGAGAUGAAUCAGCUGGAAGAAAACCAAAGAAAUAAAGAGAGGAAUAAAAGUCUGGAUGGUGACCCCCAUGCAAUUACGGUUCAAGAAAAAAAACCGAAAGAAGAGAGAGAAACAAAACUGCCUGUGCGUGGGAAAAGGUUCACUCGUAAAUCAACCCUUGGUGACCAUAGUAAAGCCCACACAGCAAAGAAACAAUAUAAAUGCCUUGAGUGUGGAAAGAGUUUCAGGGACAAUUCUGGUCUUCUCACCCAUCAAAGAACACACACAGGGGAGAAACCAUUUGAAUGUCUGGAGUGUGGAAAAGCAUUUCGUUGGAGGGGGGCAUUUACUGCCCAUCAGAGAAUCCACUCAGGGGAGAAACCAUUUCAGUGUUUGGAGUGUGGAAAGAGUUUCAGGGACAAAGCUGACCUUCUGGCCCAUCAAAGAACACACACAGGGGAGAAACCAUUUGAAUGUUUGGAGUGUGGAAAAGCAUAUCAUUGGAGGGGGGGACUUACUGUCCAUCUGAGAAUCCACUCAGGAGAGAGACCAUUUCAAUGCUUGGAGUGUGGACAGAGAUUCCGCCAGAGUAGUGCCCUUAAAGUGCAUCAAAGAACUCACACAGGGGAAAAACCAUUUAAAUGUCCAGAGUGUGGAAAAUAUUUCAGUCAGGGCUAUCGCCUUAAGCUCCAUCAAAGAACGCAUACAGAUGAAAAACCAUAUAAAUGUGUAGAGUGUGGAAAGAGAUUUAUCGAGAAGGAUGAGCUUACUUCCCAUCAGAGAAUUCACACAGGAGAAAAACCGUUUGAAUGUUCGCAGUGUGGAAAGAAGUUCAAUCAUAAGGGAAGCCUUACUAGUCAUCAGAGAAUUCACACAGAAGAGAACCCAUUUAAAUGCCUGGAUUGCGGAAAGAGUUUCAGGGACAAUUCUGGCCUUCUUGCCCAUCAAAGAAUGCACACAGGGGAGAAACCAUUUAACUGUCUGGAGUGUGGAAAAGCAUUUCGUUGGAGGGGGGCACUUACUGCCCAUCAAAGAAUCCACUCAGGGGAGAAGCCAUUUCAAUGCUUGGAAUGUGGAAAGAGAUUCAGCCGGAAGGGUGCCCUUCAGGUACAUCAAAGAACUCACACAGGGGAAACACCAUUUCAAUGUCUGGUGUGUGGAAAGAGUUUCAAGCAAGAGGGAAGUCUCACUAUUCAUCAAAGAAUUCAUACAGGAGAAGGAAACCCAUUCAAAUGCCUUGAGUGUGGAAAGGGUUUCAGGGAUAAUGCUGACCUUCUUGCCCAUCAAAGAACACACACAGGGGAGAAACCAUUUGAAUGUCUAGAGUGUGGAAAAGCAUUCGGUUGGAGGGGGGCACUUACUGUCCAUCAGAGAAUCCACUCAGGGGAGAAACCAUUUCAGUGUUUGGAGUGUGGAAAAAAAUUCCGGCAAAGGGGUUCCCUUCAAUACCAUCAAAGAACUCACACAGGGGAAAAACCAUUUCAAUGCCUUGAGUGUGGAAAGAGCUUCCGCCUGGCUUCUCUCCUUGUUAACCACGAAGGAACACAUACAGAUGAGAAACCAUAUAAAUGUCUGGAGUGUGGGAAAAGCUUCAGAAAUACCUCUGCUCUUAAUUCCCAUCAAAAAAUCCACACAGGGGAGAAACCAUUUAAAUGCCUGGAGUGUGGAAAGGGCUUCCAUCGGAAGCGUGCUCUUGCUUUACAUCAAAGAAUUGACAAAGGAGAGAAAUCGUUUAAAUGCUUGGAGUGUGGAAAGAGCUUCAGGUGGAGUUCUGCCCUUCUCGCCCAUCAAAGAACCCACACGGGGGAGAAACCAUUUCACUGCCUGGAAUGUGGGAAAGCAUUUAAUCAGAGGGGAGCACUUACUAUCCAUCAAAAAACGCACUCAGGGGAGAAGCCAUUUAAAUGUUUGGAGUGCGGAAAGGGAUUCCGCCAGAGCAGUGCCCUUCAAUGCCAUCAGAGAAUUCACACGAGGGAGAAGCCAUUUAAAUGCUGGGAGUGUGGAAAGGUCUUCAGGAAAAAGGAGGCCCUUACCUUACAUCAAAGAAUUCACACACAGACCUCUUCAGUAGAGGAGGGGUCCAAUCCCCCAGAACAGGCCUCUCCUAGAGUACACCUAAAGCAAGAUGAAGGAUCCUCUGGGAGCAAUGCCUCAUCUGUGGUCCCCCGCAAUCCAGUCAACCCUGUCCUGAGUCCAGUCAUGAUUCCAGACUCUCCUUCCACCACCCAGGAUUCAGCAGAGCAGCAAUGGCAGUGUAUCCGGUGGGAUACUCAGAGCCAUGGUGGCAGAGCUCUCCUGACUCCCAGAAUACCAUUUUGUCCAGAGUACGCUCAUGAGGAAGACCCUUCUCAGGAACAAGGGUCUAUUUAUCUGGAGGAAGACCCAGAUGUGACUACCGAUGAGGCACAGUUAGCUACAACUGCUGAAUCAGGGCCAUCCAGAACAUAGGCUCCCAGUCUCUCCCAGACCUUUCCUUCGUUAACAGCUCCCAUAGAGCAAUCGGAGUCCAGGUAUGGGCCUGAGUCAGGGGAAGCUAUUUAACGGUCUGGAAUAUUACACACCUCAUAUUUCAGACAAAUCAUUUAAUUGCUGUCUAGACGAGGGAGAAUCCGUAGAAAUGCUCGAAAUAUGGUAUUCUCUGUUCUCAUAAAAUAGGCCUUAACAGACACCCGAGGAUUCAUGUUUCUUUACGUAAGGCCCAAGAACGGUUCCGGUUUUAGUGUGAGCUUUUAUAAUGCAUCAAGUGAUGCAUGUGUGUGUUUCUCACACACAUGUACAAGCACAGGGACUGUGGGACGUGCUUUAGUGAAUAGAAAUAUUCCUUUUUAAUGACAUUGUUGUGGAAGAGAAAUCAUUUAAAGGCGUAGAAUAUAAUCAGAUAGGUUAUACAACCCCAGGGGGCUGUAGAUGAAUUGGGAAAUUUGGGGAACAUCGCAUACCCUGUUUUCCACAGUCAUGUGCUGACAGCACUGCAUAAGUGUAGGGGGCUAGACUGGCCAAACCCAAGAUAUAUUUCUUCCCGAGGCAAACGAAAAGAUGGCGCCCAGAUCCUCCCCAUGUAUGCAACUCAAUCCAACGGACAGUGGGACCUUCCUGGCCUGAGCCAUAUCCAUGUGGCAAGAGAUGCUGUUGCCGCUCCCACAAUGAUGUCAUGACUGGAAUCCUGUUGUGCCCCUGUUCUGGUACAGGUGGACACUCAUGGCAGCAGGUGAGAUUAAGAGGCGCGGUGAGGCCUUAACAUAAGACGAGCCAUGCUGGAUCAGACCAAGGGCCCGUCUAGCCCAGCACUGUUCACACAGUGGCCAAUCGGCUGUCCAGAAACUUCAGCUGGUCCAAGAUCGGGCAGCAAGAUCAUUAAUGGGGACUGAUCAAUACCAUCAUGUAAAGCUGUCUACCAGGCCAAAUUCAAAUUGCUGAUAGUAACUUUUAAAGGCCUGAAUGGCUUGUGACCAGGUUACAUGAAGGAUUGUCUCCUUCCAAAUAUACCUGCCGGCAGCCUGAGGUCGUCGUUCAGAGGCUUUCUUCUGGGUGUCUGCCAAAUCAAAUGACUUGUGUGGCUCCUACAGAGAGAGCCUGCUUCGUGGUGGCACCCCAGCUGUGGAAUGCUCUUCCCAGAGAGGCUCGCCUGCUGCCCACAUUGCGUUCUUUUUAGUGCCAGGGGAAGACCUUGCCACGCCUGGUCUUUGUAGACCUUCCAUUUGUUUCAUAAUAUAGGUUCUUGUUAUUUUUGAUCCUUCCAGAAUGUUCUUUUUUACAUUGGUUUUAUUCUGUUUUCAUCUGUCAAACAUUUUAUGUUUUAUCAUGUCGUAUUUAACAGUUUCUAAAUGUUUGUGAACUGCCCAGAGAGCUUUGGCCAUUAGGUGGUAUAGAAGACUAAUAAAUAAACAAAUAGUUUCCUCUGA